UCCCUAAUCUGUGUUGUUGGUUACUUACUCUAUACUUCAUUCGAUAUUUUUCCAUAUUUUAAUUUAUUGACUUUUUUUGUGUUAUCGUGAAUUUUUUUAAUCCCGUACUUAUAAUUUCUUUCAGAGCUGAAUAGCGGCAAUAAGAAAUUAUAUUUAAGUUAUAUUAAAAAAUGCACGUUAACCAAUGUUCUGCAUGUAACAGCACAGAUUUGAAUCUAGUUGAUGGUUAUUAUUAUUGUGCUGAAUGUGGAACUCAAGAUGUAAAUGCAAGGGGGUUAGUAGUAGACAAAAAGCAAAUAGAAGAUGUUACUUUGAUCAGUAAAAAGAACAGGAUUAAAAUCGUAAACGAAGGCACCAAAUUGAGUGGCGAAUGGCACAAAUGGCAUGCAUAUAAUUAUAUAUUGGUGGGAUUGACAGAUGAAUUAAUUUCCAUUGGGGCCAAACCCAGUCUCAAAUUGAAAGUACUAUGGCUGUGGUCCUUAUAUAUCAAAAAAUACCAGAACAAAAAGGAAUUGGGAUUGGCAGUAAAAGAUAGUGAAGACAUAAAGGAUAGUAAUACAAAUAGGAGUACAGCAAAACAAAAUCGCGAUAUGUAUUUAGGUUUUGAUAUAUCACUUAUUAGUACUCGACUGUUACUUACAAUAUUAUAUCUGGCACUUAAUUUUGAUAAUACUGAUAUUCAGUUGUCUCAUUUACUAAGAUUUGUUCAAGAGGGUCACCUUAACUUACAUUUUUGUACUAAAUAUCUACCCAAAGACAUAGAUGUGUCUUUAAUUGAUAAAUUCAAAACCGCUUCAAAACAAUUUAUUCCUACACUGUAUUUUAUGCGGUACAAAGCCAUGACUUUCAUCAAAACAUUUUCAUUAGGUCCACCAUUAAUUCAAAAUGUAACAAAUCUGGUUGAUCUAUAUGUAAAAGAGUUAUGUCUUCCUAAUGAUUUUAAAAACCUAGUUUAUUCUCUAAUGCAUUAUUUUUCACCAACAAAAUUUCUUCAAGUCAAGUAUGCUGAUGUGAAAAACACUAAAGGAAUCCCUUUUUACGAAUGUACAAUAAUGUCAUACAUUCUCUUUGCACUGAAAAUGUGUUUUGGAUUAGAUGAUGUUUAUGAAUUAAAACUGUCACAGGUAGUUGAUAAAAUAAAUGAGGAUAACUGUUAUCUCAAAUCUUAUAAAUUAGGGGGUCAUUCUGAACCAUCAGACAGAUUGUUUUCAUUUCGUGAAUGGUGUAAUUUUUUGCGAUUCCGAAAAACAAUACUAUGCAAGUAUUACUGGCCUCUGGCUGAAUCACUUUAUAGUAAUUCAGAUGAUUAUGUUUUUAUGGAACAGAGAAAUAUAAAAGAGCCGUAUAGAAAAAAACCAUCAUUACAUGAUGAAAUUACUAUGACUUUUUUAGAUAAUAUACCAAUAGAAACAGAAUUUGAGGUGAUUCCUAAAAGUGAGUUCCAACCCACUUUAACACCACUAACUACCUACACUGAUGUUGUGUUGCAGUAUUAUAAUGAUCCAGAGUUAAGAUUAUUAUUGAGUGAAGAUUUUACUCAAUAUUCUAUAAAAUAUGCUUGCCGCCAGUUAAAAUUGUACACCCCAGAAGAUUGUAAUAAUAUUGUUGUAGGUAUCCAUGUUACAGAUCAAGAUAUAAAGUCGAAAGUUGUUGGAUGUCUACAAACAAAAAUUUAUGACAUAGAAAUGGUGUUUGUAAGAAACUGUGAUAAUAAAAAUUGGAUGAAAACCAACAGGCCAGCCUUGAAACAUAUAAAGAAAGUUAGCAAUAGUGAAAGUGAUAAUGAAUAUGAUUCAGACGAAAGCAUGUCAAGUGAUGCCGAGAUGGUUAGUAAAAAUUAUAAUACUCAUAUUGAAGAUAAUUAUAAAGAAGUGGUAGAUACUAUUGUUGAAGAAGAUGAAGGUAAAAGUAUUUUUGAUGACGAGUUUCUAGAUUAUGAAGUUAAAAUCAAAAGAAGUCUGCCUGAUGAAGAUAUGGAAAGAGUAAAUUCAUUUCAUAAUAUCAAUUUUAGUGACAAUGUACAUAAUGAAAAUUUAAUAAAUAAUGAAUAUGAAAAUCUGAGCAUUGAUAAAACAGAAAUAUCAGAUGCUAAUUAUUAUUUCAAUCCAGAGACUUUUAAUAGAGAAAAAACUAUUGAAGAAUUAAUUUUAUUGACUUGUCAAAAAUAUAAAAUAUCGGUGCCAAAAGAACAUAAACCCAAAGAACCAAAGAAAAGGAAAUCUAAAUUCCUCAAUGAAGAAGCAGGAGCAAGUGAAGCUAAAAGAUUAAAGAGAUUAAGUAAACCUGGGGAAGCUCAAAAACAAGUUAAUGAUUUACUUUCCACUUAUUAUAGUUAUUUACAAAAUGAUACAUUAAAUACAGUAUCUCAACAGAUUAAAUCUGUAAUUCAGUCUUUUGAUAAAACAGAAUUAAGAAUAGAUCUAGAAAAUUAUCAAUUAGAUGCAAAUAGUAACACUACUUUUAAUGAAAACGAAAAAAAUAAUCAUAACAUAUCUAAUAAUGACAGUCGAUUAAAUUCUCAAGUUGAAUCAACAACUGCAGUACCAUUUGAAAUAGACGAAACGGCAAAUUCAGAUUCUUUAAAUACUUUUGAGAAUAUAGACAUUGACAACAAAAGUGAAACAAUUAAUGAUCCUAAAUUUAAUGAGGAAGUGUAUGAUAUUAAACAAUUAUAUGUGAAAGUAGCUGAUCUAAAAGAGAAUGAUAUAGAUGAUGUAUUUGAUAUUCAGGAUGACCCAAUUUUAGAAAAAAUAUUAGACAAAAAAAUAGAAGAGACCGCCAAUAAAAAACCGAUAGAAUUAAAAAAUUAUGUUGACAGUGAUUCUUCAGAAGAUGAAAUACCCUUAAGUGUAAUUAAGAAUCAGAAAUUAUCUAAAAAAAAGAAAGCGAAAUUAAAAUCAAUGAAAUUAGAAUAUUUAAUAAAGAAUAGAAAUGAAAUAGAAAGAUUUCAUUAUUGGACGCGACAUUAUGUGAAAUUGUGUAAACAAACAGAAUUUGAAAAUAAAUUCAAUUUAGAAAUAAGUGAGAAUUUGCCCAAAAGUUUUGCAUUUGUCAUAGAAGAGUGUGCGGGGAUUGUGAGAUGUUCUUCAUUUCUUUUAUAUAAAAAUUUGAUGGCGUUGGAGCGACGUUUAUUAUUAUAGUAAAGAUCAUAAGUUGAAU